AUGCUUCUUUUACAAAAGUUUGCCCACUUUAGCAGAUCAGAUCUUGUGCACUCAGUGCCUAGUCCCCAAGUCUCGCCUAUUCCUACAAUUCUCAGUUUCCCUCAUGAUUAUUAUCUCGUCAACACCCCUGAGACCCUCUGGUGUCAAGAAAGAUUUGGCACGCGGUACCUCGAAAAUGUCCGUGACUUCUCUGCGUCUUUCUGUACUGAUGAGUCAAUUUCACGAUUCACCUGUUUCUUCUCCAGUACUGCUGCAGAUGAGCAGCCACGCAUUGAUUCAAUGUGUUACGGUCACCAUGCCGUAUUCGAUAAAUCGCUGCAACGAUUUCGCCUAGGAUGUAAUGUCAAGUUGCCCACAUCGGACGAAAGAGCAAAGGGAGUACCUAUACCCACCGAGCUAUCACGGUAUUGGUAUGAAACAGGACCGGGAUUCAUCAUGAAUGAGACCAUCCGUUUGGAUGGGGAAGUUUCUAAGGAACCUUCAAAAAUCACGACAAUCCUUAUAAAGCGCGAGGGGUCAAACAAUUUAUGGCAUUCACUAAUGGAAAUCAUGAGCCUUUCUUGGAGCCUCGAUGCGCUUCAAAUAAGUGCCGAUGCAAAAACAGGGGAGCCUUUUCUCUCACCAGAGGCCGGAGCGACGACACAGAUUGUUCUUCUAGACAAACACGAGGACGGACCCUUCAUUGAUAUGUGGAAACUCUUUUCGAAAAUGCCAAUUCGCCGCAUUCGAGAACUCAAUGCAUCAGAGCCACCAUCCGAUAUUAUUAUACCAUUUGCGGGAGGGAGCAAUACCCUUUGGCAAGGGGACUGGGAAGAUAUUUUAUGCCGGGACUCAACGCUUGUUAAAACCUUUUCAUCACGAGUCCUCUCAUUAUAUGGCGUGACUACGCCUAUUAAAGAUAACAGCAAAGUUAUUGUCACAUAUAUACGUCGCACAAACACACGAAAGCUCAUCAAUGAAGAUGCACAUAUGGAGGCUCUAAGAAGAGAAGUCCCCAAUAUGGUGCUCAAUGUUAUCGACUUUGGAGGCAUCCCAUUCUCUGAACAGAUUCAGAUUGUGCGAGAGACAGAUUUACUGGUUGGAGUUCACGGAGCCGGACUCACACAUCUUAUGUUCCUCCAACCUGGGUCAGCUGUUCUCGAGAUUUUACCAGAGGGCCUCCAGCAUAAAGGGUUUCGCAAUCUUGCGCAAAUGCUCGGUAUAGGUUUCUUUCGUGCUCAUGCUAAGAUGCAUGGGGAUGCUUCCGGUGAUAACCAGUGGCAGUUUGAUGCUGUCGAAUUGGAUCAGCGACGGCUCAUAGACUUAAUUAACAUUGGGGUAAGAAGUCUGUAUAAUAAUGGGAAAAAGAGUUAUGAUGUUCUUUAA